AUGGCGCAGUUGCGAAUAUCAUCACCCUACCUUACUUUUUUCAGGUUAUAUAUAUUUGCGUGUGCGCACUGCAAUGGCGGAGUGGAAUACCUACGGCGGUUGGAGCUAUGCUGGCUGGAUCUUGCCCACCUGGCAUUGUACAACCUGACGGCGUACAACGCACCAAACUAUUUCGACCUCGACACAGUUAUCAUGCCGUACAUUAUGGACAACUGGCACGCGCUACAGUUGCCUGAAACUAUGUGGCGAACACCAGUGAAUGAACGGCGAGAGAAAAUCUUAACUGCCCUCACUUCAGCGCGCAAACGCUUUAAAUGUGGACGCGAGAUGAAGAAGCGCGCUACUAUUUGGGGCUUGCGCUUGCGCCGCCCGCCGCCACCGCCAGCGCAGUUAACUGCGCUGGAACAGAUCAAGAAAGGAGAACCACUGACUGACAAACUAGUGCGAGAGUAUGCGCCUCGGCUACGAUUCCUACCUCGAGCUCCAUCGCCACCAGCACUUGCUAGUGUUGAUGAUAGUUCACAACCAUCGUCUAGCAGUAGCAGUGAAAAAAGUUCCUAUAAAAACCACACUCAACGUAUGAUAGUGCCGGUAGAUGGUCAUUGGUUAAACCUCAUGAUGGGCAAACGGUUUCAUGAAAACCUAAACUCGAAUUCCAACUCUGAAAAUGACUCCACUAGUUCCUACGAAUCUAUUAAACACAAUGAGAGUGAUGAAAGACCUCCAUCAACUACAUUGUGUACAUCCAGUACUAGGAAAUCUGAUGCCAAAGACGAUAAUUUAGAGAAAAGAUCAGAAGUAGAUGAUAGUGAAGAAAAAGCAACAUUUGAAACUCCUCCAGUGCCAUCGCUUAACACCUCAUUAGUACCCUGCUGUGUUAAGUUAGAUAAACUUCCCAAAGAAGGUGUCGUCGACGAUAAUGAUGAGAGCAAAGAUACUGGGAAUAAUAUAAAUAUCAAUGCGCGUAUGUCUAGAAUAGCCACAAUGAACUUAGAAGUUUCGAAAUUAUCGACUAAGAAUAUCAUUGAACAUUCCAAAAUCAUGUCACUGCAGCACAUGGACAGCCUGCCGCCGUAUGGUAACCAUUUCAGCCACGAACUGGAGUCGUCUGGCGACGAAACUUCCAGUCGGGGCACGCUUGACGCUAUCAUACCACCACUAAAAGACUUUCAAGGGAAAAACAAUCCCUUUUUGAUGCAGACUAGUUAUUCAUCAAAGAAACCAUUCAAAUCUGGAAAUAAUGGAAAACAGAACCAUUUCCAUUCCCGAUUCUCAUUACCCAGUCAAUUAAAUCCAAUCAUAGUUCCAUUUGUUCGACCGCUAAAACGGAAAUUGAGUGAAAAGGACAUUGUAAUAGGCCCAAAUGGUGAAGUAAAGCGUAGAAAAUACAGAAGACCAAGAAAAUAUCUCCAAAUGCAGCAGCAUAACAAGUCAUGUCCACUGCCAGAUGAUAAGACUGCCCAACAAACCCAAAACGAGAAUGUAGAUUCACCGGCCUUGCCUGGACAUACUAACGUGAAAUUUCACGGCAGAAGACUGCGACAAAGGCAGGAAAAGAACUACUACGAGAACGCUCGGCGGAGUUCGAGUAACAAUACUACUAAUAAUAACAGCGUGAAAAGUUUACAAUUGAGUCCACACAAGUCCCAAAACGGCGCGGCUGAGGUUGACGCUGAGCAGCUGUCUGCUCUUAAGUCCAGCGUGCAAUCAUACUUCCGCGCCGGUCAGACUUUCUGCGUACUGGCGCGCCGUUUUGAGCCUGCUGCGCCUCCCGCCUACCUCAUUGAGUGGGACUCCAACUCCUAGUGUGCAGUAUCUAACCAGAAACUUAAGAUGUCCUAUCUCUUUAUCUGUGCAAAGAAAGCUAUAUUUUUCUUUAGGAACGAAAUUGAAAGAUAUCAUAGGUAUACAGGAGCAGUAACGUCAUUCCGGGCUUUUAUUUUUCUGGUCAGUGUAUACAUGAAUUUAUUUAAAAUUAUUAUUGUAAUAAUAUAUUGUACUAAGCGAUCGUAGUGUAAUAAGAUCAAGGAAU